UCUUUCUAAUACUCUUUUUAAAAGAUGUCACUUCAAGGACAUUUUCAUUUCUCCCACAACAUUUUACACGAAACACUUGUCUGUAAAACUGGCUCAUUAGCCUGCAAAAUUAUACUGUACUGAACGACUUUCAUUCAAAGUAGAAAUGGGAUUUUUAGUAGGCAAUUUCUGUAUUUUAUAAAGAUAAAGCCAUGUUUGAUUGCCUCUUCCCAGCUGUUUUGCUUAGUGGUUAUAAAGAGACAGUGUGUAUGUGUUUUGGGGGUAACAGCUGGGGGUGGCUGUGUGUGUUAAAAAUGUCCCUUACCUUAGGAGGGGAAAAGGGGAAUAAAUCCAACAACUAAGCCAGAACUUUAUCCAACGACUGCGCAAGCAGAUCCAUUAGGCAGUAAUGAUUUGUCCUUAGGAUGCCUGGAGUAAACCCUGAAUAAAGAGAGGGAAGGGAAGAGGAAGCGAGACUGCAGCAUAGAGAGAGAGGACUGAGGUGCUCCUGAGUUGCUGGAAGGAGCUCUUCGGUGGAGGUGGGGAGGGGAGGAGAGGCCAGGAGGCCAGUGGAGGGUCACUGGGCGCCCAGUCCGAGGGGGCGGGGGCGGGGGCGGGGAGAAGGGGAGGGGGCCUUUCCGAGGCAGCGUCGGGCUCCGCCAGUGAGGGCGUGCAGUCAGUCCCAGCCUGCGUCUCUUUCGUGCUUGGGGGUGGGACUGGAGCUUCAGUGCUGUCUGAUUGUUGGGAGGGAAAAGCAGCCUCCCUGGCUCUCUGGAUGGAUUGACUGGAGAUGGAUCGAAUUACACCAUUUGCCGUGCUUGGGUUUGUUUUGCUCUUGCUCUGUCCCGCUGCUGAAAGGGCUGGUGGCGAGUUUCGGGAUUAUACCGAGGAAACCAAAACCUAAGAAGACCGGAUUUUUUUCUCCCCUCUUAUUUUUUUCCCUUACCUUGGUGGGUUUCAAGCUUCCUUGCCAGCUUCCCCCCAUGAGGUAGCUAACCAGGAUUUCUAAGGAAACGCUGCUCUUUUUCCCCUCCUUGGCCAACCAUGAGGCCCCCCCUGCUUUGUGCAUAUAUACUUCUAAUAACCAUCUCCCAGUUGAGGGCAGUCAGCUUUCCUGAGGACGAUGAACCUAUCAAUACCGUUGAUUACCACUAUUCAAGGCAAUAUCCAGUUUUUAGAGGACGCCCUUCAGGCAAUGAAUCUCAGCACAGGCUGGACUUUCAGCUGAUGUUGAAAAUUCGAGACACACUUUAUAUUGCUGGCAGAGAUCAAGUUUAUACUGUAAAUUUAAAUGAAGUCCCCAAAGCAGAAGUGAUACCAAGUAAGAAAUUAACAUGGAGAUCAAGGCAGCAGGAUCGAGAAAACUGUGCCAUGAAGGGCAAACACAAAGAUGAGUGCCACAACUUUAUUAAAGUGUUUGUUCCAAGAAAUGAUGAGAUGGUUUUUGUCUGUGGCACAAAUGCAUUUAAUCCCAUGUGCAGAUACUAUAGGUUGAAUACUUUAGAAUAUGAUGGGGAAGAAAUCAGUGGCUUGGCAAGAUGCCCAUUUGAUGCCAGACAAACCAAUGUUGCCCUCUUUGCUGAUGGCAAACUGUACUCUGCAACAGUAGCCGACUUCCUGGCAAGUGAUGCAGUCAUUUAUCGGAGCAUGGGUGAUGGAUCCGCCCUACGGACCAUAAAAUAUGACUCCAAGUGGAUAAAAGAGCCACACUUUCUUCAUGCCAUAGAAUAUGGAAACUAUGUUUAUUUCUUCUUUCGAGAAAUUGCUGUAGAACAUAAUAAUUUAGGCAAGGCUGUGUAUUCUCGAGUGGCCCGUAUAUGCAAAAAUGACAUGGGUGGAUCCCAGCGGGUCCUGGAGAAACAUUGGACUUCUUUCCUCAAAGCCAGACUCAACUGUUCUGUCCCUGGGGAUUCGUUUUUCUACUUUGAUGUCCUUCAGUCCAUUACUGACAUCAUACAAAUCAAUGGCAUCCCCACUGUGGUUGGCGUGUUUACCACACAGCUUAACAGUAUCCCUGGUUCAGCUGUGUGUGCUUUCAGCAUGGAUGACAUUGAAAAAGUAUUCAAGGGAAGGUUUAAAGAACAGAAGACCCCAGAUUCUGUCUGGACAGCAGUCCCUGAAGACAAAGUCCCUAAGCCAAGGCCUGGCUGUUGUGCAAAGCAUGGCCUUGCAGAGGCUUACAAAACUUCAAUUGAUUUCCCUGAUGAAACCUUGUCCUUCAUCAAAUCACAUCCAUUGAUGGACUCUGCUGUCCCGUCCAUCAUUGAGGAGCCCUGGUUCACAAAGACUCGAGUCAGGUACAGGUUGACUUCCAUCGCAGUCGAUCAUUCAGCCGGACCACACCAAAACUACACAGUCAUUUUCCUUGGCUCAGAAGCCGGAGUGGUACUUAAGAUCCUGGCAAAGACUAGUCCUUUCUCCUUGAAUGACAGCGUGUUACUGGAAGAAAUUGAUGCUUUCAACCAUGCGAAGUGUAAUGCUGAGAGUGAAGAGGACAGAAAGGUCAUCUCUCUGCAGCUGGAUCAAGAUCACCAUGCCUUGUAUGUGGCCUUCUCCAGCUGCAUUAUUAGAAUUCCUCUCAGUCGCUGUGAGCGUUAUGGGUCGUGUAAAAAAUCUUGCAUUGCUUCUCGGGACCCUUACUGUGGCUGGCUAAGCCAGGGAGCCUGUGGCCGAGUGAAACCUGGGAUGCUGUUGUUAACUGAGGACUUCUUUGCUUCCCAUAACCACAGUGCUGGAGGAUAUGAGCAAGACACAGAAUAUGGCAACACAGCACAACUUGGGGACUGCCAUGAAAUUUUGCCUACUUCAACUACACCAGAUUACAAAAUAUUUGGCGGUCCAACAUCUGGUGUAAGGUGGGAGGUACAAUCUGGAGACUCCAACCAGAUGGUACACAUGAAUGUUCUCAUCACGUGCGUCUUUGCGGCUUUCGUUCUGGGGGCCUUCAUCGCUGGCGUGGCAGUUUACUGUUACCGUGACUUGUUUGUUCGGAAGUCCAGGAAGAUCCACAAAGACGCCGAGUCUGCUCAGUCCUGUACGGACUCCAGUGGCAGCUUUGCCAAACUGAAUGGUCUGUUCGAUAGCCCUGUCAAGGAAUAUCAGCAGAACAUUGAUUCUCCCAAACUGUACACCAACCUCCUGACCAGCCGUAAAGAGCUCCCGCCCAACGGAGAUACGAAGUCCAUGAUCAUGGAUCACCGCGGCCAGCCUCCAGAGCUGGCUGCCCUUCCUACCCCCGAGUCCACCCCCGUCCUUCAGCAGAAGACCCUGCAGUCCAUGAAAAGCCAGGCUGAGAAGGCGCAUGGUGCUUCAAGGAAAGAUGCCCCUCAGUUUUUCCCUUCCAGCCCCCCACCCCACUCUCCACUAAGUCACGGGCACAUUCCCAGUGCCAUUGUUCUUCCUAAUGCUACCCAUGACUACAACACAUCUUUCUCAAAUUCUAACGCUCAUAAAGCUGAGAAAAAGCUUCAGAAUAUUGAUCACCCUCUCACCAAAUCCAGCAAAAGAGAUCACCGGCGUUCUGUUGAUUCCAGAAACACUUUCAAUGAUCUCUUGAAACACCUUAGUGACCCGAGCAGUAACCCCAAAGCCAUCAUGGGAGAUAUUCAGAUGGCUCACCAGACCCUUAUGCUGGAUCCAAUGGGAAACAUGUCCGAGGUUCCACCUAAGGUCCCCAACCGGGAAGCAUCAUUGUAUUCUCCUCCUUCUACUCUCCCGAGGAAUAGCCCCACAAAGAGGGUGGAUGUGCCCACCGCCCCCGGGGUUCCCAUGACCUCUCUGGAAAGACAAAGGGGCUAUCAUAAAAACUCCUCCCAGAGGCACUCCAUCUCAGCCAUGCCUAAAAACUUAAACUCACCCAAUGGUGUUUUGUUAUCGAGACAGCCUAGUAUUAGUCGUGGAGCUUAUGUGCCCUCCUCAGGAGGUGCGAAGAUGGACUACAUGCAGGGGACGCCGGUCAGCGUUCACCUGCAGCCUUCCCUUUCUAGACAGAGCAGUUAUACCAGUAACGGCACCCUCCCGCGGACGGGAAUAAAGAGGACACCAUCCUUAAAACCCGACGUGCCCCCCAAACCCUCGUUCGUCCCUCAAACCCCAUCAGUCAGACCGUUGAACAAAUACACCUACUAAGACUGGCGCGUCCUGCUCCUGGGUGUUUUAGCUGUGCUGGUUGUAGGGGGGACGUGGGAGGUGGGGACCUUAAGACAAGAGACUCACUUGUAUUUAAAGAGAACCAAGUGGCCAAAGAAACUGCUUGACUUUGGCAACAUCUGAACUUGCCACAUGUAGCUACUGCAAGGCUUCCAAGUACUUGCUGAAAACAAACAAACAAACAAAAAAAAAAAACAAAGGAAGGUGCUGGUCAUUCCAUUUCUUUUGUUUGAAGUUAAGGAGGUGUAGCAACGGGGCUACUGGACGGUUAUAAAUAAAUAGCAAAUACAGUACUCAGAAGAAUCUGUAAGCAAAUACUUGAAAAUGGGUUCAUUUUAGACUGCCGUGUUGUGUGGUCUUCCCAUUAAAUGUGAACAUUUAAUAUGUAUGCAUUCACCUUGCCUCUUGCACAAAUGUCAAAAAAAGGAUGGUAAUGUCUCCAAGAAAUGAACUUCUAGGUUACCGAGCAAUUUGCUGAAAAUUCAGUCUCUGGCCCAACUGUAGCAUUUUUUUUUUCAUGGUUGGCAUUUUGUUUGUGCCGCCGACAAAUUGUUGUGAUUGUGUGCGUGCGUGCGUGCAUGUGUGUAUGUGUGUGUGUGUGUUAUGUAUACACUAGAACCUACUUAGGUACCCAUUGCAUUUUUUUAUGCUAUGGAAUUGUUUACAUUGAGCAUGACUGAACAACAGACCCCGAUGUCUUUGUACAGCAGUCCACUGGGUUGAGUUUUGGGAUAGAAAAUGGAGCCAGGUUUCAGGUGAUUAGCUGGAAUGAUGUGGGACCCAGUGCCAGAAUGUAAAAAAAAAAUCCUAAGGAACCUUGUGCUGCUAUUCAUCCGACCUUCAAUUAUGAUCUUGUCAGUUUUGAGGGAAAGAGGUAUUAAAAAUGAGUCCAUAGUUUUUCCACCAGUAUUUGGUAGCUCGAGCUGCCUGUCCACUGUGAAUCCAAACCCCAGUCAUUCUCACUUUGGAUGUACCAAGGCAAGCUUAUGCUUUGGUUCUGUCCAAUAUUACCCUGUAGAAAAAUUCUCCCUAUCCUCUCCCCCUGUACCUCCAUUCAUGUCCCCCACUUCCCUUUUUGUUAAGUGUGUGAGAAAGUCAACAUCAAUUGGCCUACAGAAGCAGUCUGAAAAAAACUUAACAGUAGUGCAAUCAUUUUGUUUAUGUUUGUGUUAUGUGAAGAUUUUUCUCCAAAGUCAUGCAGGUUAUGACAAUUUGCUGUAAAUAUUAUGUGUGGGUUUACCUGAAUCUGUGCAUUUUGUGCCUUAUUCAUGAGAAUGGUAAAAGUACUAGAAUCUGUCCGGUGUUCUCACUAUCGCACAUCAUUUUCUGAGUGCCAGUUGUGUAUUUCUCAACCAGCACCUGAAAAGAUUUUUUUAUUUUAAAAACAAACCAUACAAUGAUCCAGAACAAUUAAUGGUUAAAACUUACACACAGACACACAGAACCAGUCCAAUCAUACGGCUGCGGCCUAUCCUUUGCCAUGAUGAACAUUCCACUCCUGUUUUCCUCCAGAUGAAACACUUAGAAUGUGAAAUUAAAUGAGGUUUCCAGGGUAAUGUGACACCUGCCGAGAUCUUGUAAAAGAUCAUUUAUGUGGUUUUACUGAAACCACUUGCAGUUGAGGAUGUGCCUCACCGAUGACUGUUUUAGUUAACAUGUUGCUUAUUGAAACUAAUGUAGAAAGAACCAAGGCAGAGAGCACUCGUGGAUUAUUAGAACAAAGAAAAAAAAAUUCAACUGGUAUCUUGAGAAUAAAGCUGAUUACAUUGCAGGGGGUUGGGAAGGAGAAUUUGCUGAAGGCCAAGGUUUUUGCUUCUUGGUUUUUGCUUUUUUUACACACAACAUAGAAUAAUGCAAUUAUUCUUUUCCCUUAAAGGAUAUUGCUUUUUAAAGAGCAUUAUUUCCUGAGAACUCUGGAAACCCCAAAGCUCUCGUCUUUGUUCUUAAAACACUUCAAUAGUGCAACUAAAUUAUUGUAGAUUAAUAAUGGAUUAAACAAUCACCAACAACAAACACUGCUCAGUUCACCCACAACAAAUGUUUGUUUGAAUUCACUUUACCAAUAUUAAUCCUGACUUGUGUAAAACUGAAACAAUACUUGUGCGUGAGCCCUGAUAACUUUCUGUAACAUUGUGCUGCCUUGUAGAGUGUAAUGUGAGUUCUAUCAGUAUUUAUGUUGAAAUUUCUAACAUUCAAUCUAGUCUCAAUUCUGUUAAUUUAAUUUUUUUAAAUGCUUUAUCCAUUUGUGCAAAGGUAAACACAGAUUGUAUCUUUUUUAAUGGUACGGCAUAAAAAAGUAACCCUAAAUUGAAGUUACUCUAUACUGUUUUAUAGAGUACUUUAACAUGUAUAGAUAUCUUGUAAACUUGUAUUGUGGAUGUGUAAAUACUAUGUACUUUGGGUUUUUAACACCGCAUGUAAAGUCAAAAUAAAAUAUUCAACUCGA